CGCCCCGGCUGCCGCUGCCGCCGCCCGCCUGCCGCGGGGAGCGAGCGCAGGGCCCGGGCCGCGCCGCGCCAUGGCUUUUUACCGCACAGAGGAGCGCGGCCAGCCCCACUCUCCCGGUUACCGCCUCUUUUUCAGGCAGGGACUCUGAUGAAGGGCCUCCCAGCAGCGUGAAUUUAUACUCACGAGUUUGCACCUUGAAUGCGAUCCACGAUCAAGAGCCUCGCCGGUUGCAAAGUAGCUCAUUCAACUCCGCAAAUUGAGCAAACCCAGAGGGCGAAGCGACUUGGGGCACUGACCUGGCCGACUAAGAUGGGAAAACACCCAGAGAAUGUAGCUGGUCACUACAUUUCCCCCUUUCAUGAUAUUCCUCUGAAGGCGGACUCUGAAGAGGAAAAUGGCAUUCCUACAAAGAGAGCACGAAAUGAUGAAUAUGAGAAUUUGUUUAAUAUGGUUGUAGAAGUACCUCGGUGGACAAAUGCUAAAAUGGAGAUUGCCACGGAGGAGCCAUUGAAUCCCAUUAAGCAAGAUGUAAAGGAUGGCAAGCUUCGCUACGUGGCAAAUAUCUUUCCUCACAAGGGUUAUAUAUGGAAUUACGGUGCCCUCCCUCAGACUUGGGAAGAUCCCCAUCGAAAAGAUAAGAGCACAGACUGCUGUGGAGAUAAUGAUCCUAUUGAUGUUUGUGAAAUAGGCUCAAAGGUUCUUUCUCGUGGAGAUGUUGUUCAUGUGAAGAUCCUUGGAAUUUUGGCUCUUAUUGAUCAGGGUGAAACAGAUUGGAAAUUAAUUGCUAUCAAUGUGAAUGAUCCUGAAGCCUCGAAGUUUCAUGAUAUUGAAGAUGUUAAGAAGUACAAACCUGGUUACUUAGAAGCUACGCUUAAUUGGUUUAGAUUUUAUAAGAUACCAGAGGGAAAACCAGAAAACCAGUUUGCUUUUAAUGGAGAAUUCAAGAACAAGGCUUUUGCUCUUGAAGUUAUUAAAUCUACUCAUGAAUGUUGGAAAGCAUUGCUUAUGGAGAAGUGUGCUGGAGGGGCUAUAAAUUGCCACUCCCCAUCGCUCGCAUUACUGUCUGAGCUCCGCCUCCUGUCAGCAUUAUGCACAAAUGUGCAGGUAUGUGAUAGCCCUUUCCAUUGCUCUCAAGAGGAAGCAAGAUCAUUAGUUGAAUCGGUGUCAUUUUCACUGAAUAAAGGAAGUAAUGAAGAAGAUCAAGUAUGGCACUUCCUUGGCAAGUGAUGAGAACAUUUGAAGUUCUGCCAUCAGGAUUCCAGUCUCUAAAAACGCCAAGACUCCAUCUCCCCCAAGUGCUAGAAACAAGCAGAUCUAUGAGAAUUUGCUAACUUCCUUUUGAAACUUUUUUUUUUCAAACUUUUUGAGAUAUGCAAAGUGUAAAUAAACAUUGAAAUUUUUGAA